CGGAGAGAAGAAGGAGCCUAUGCCGAACCCGCCGGAGAGGGGAGGGAGAAGGAGAGAACGCGCGCGCGCUUGCUUGCUUGCGCGCUCCCUGGCGCGAGGAGAGCAGAGAGGAGGGGAGGGAAAGAAGGAAGGUUGGGAAAGCAGCCCGAGACUACUGGCUGGUGAUCACGUGGCGCGCAGUGGAAGCGCGCGCGCCGCCGGCGAGGAGGAGGGGGAGGCAGCAGCAGCAGCAGCAAUAGUCCAGCGGGUGAGCGGCAGAGGUCACGUGGUGCGGCAAGUCCGCCGCCCGCUCUCUACCCCCUCCUCACGAGAGGGGAGGGAGGGCAAAGAUGGCGGCGGCGAGCUAGAACGCGGCGGACGGCUGAGGCGGGGGCAGCGGCGGCGGCUGAGGGAGAGCAAAGAAGGGAGACGCCGAGGAGGACUCCCGGCGCAGCGAGCCAGCGCCUGCCCGGAAGGCGGCCUCAGCGAAGAUGGUGGAACCAGGACAAGAUCUGUUGCUUGCUGCUUUGAGUGAGAGUGGAAUCAGUCCAAAUGACCUGUUCGAUAUAGAUUCUCCAGAUAUGGGUCUUGCAACCCCAACUCCAGCUGUUCAGCAGUCAGUACCGCUUAGUACGUUAGAACUUGGCUUGGAGACUGAAGCUGCAGUUGCUGUUAAAGCAGAACCACAGACUGCAUCUUCUCCAACCAUACUGAACAUCAGGCAGCCGCCAUCGACCACAACUUUUGUGCUGAAUCAAAUAAACCAGCUCCCAACUCUGGGAACGACCAUAGUAAUGACAAAAACAACCCCUGUCACCACUACCAGGCAGACAAUCACUGUAGCAAAAAUUAUACAGACCAGCACCACUACCCGGCCCUCUGUGGCAGCGCCAGCAGUACGGAACGCUUUGACUACCACAGCCUCCAAGGACCAGAUCCAACUGAAAGAUCUGCUCAAAAACAAUAGUCUUAACGAGCUAAUGAAGCUGAAACCACCUCCUAACAUUGCUCAACCCGUUGCAACAGCUGCAAAAAUAAUUGUAGUAUCUCCAAAGGUGGUGAAUGCCACCAAGCCAGCUGAUCUAAGCAAUGGUGCUGUAAAAAAGGAGGCGUCUACUAAAGAAGUUGCAAGAAUAUGGAUAAAUGACCAAAAAAUGAGAAGUUUCUCUCCUACUUUGAAAGUGCCAGUUGCAAAAGAGGAAGAUGAACCCGAAGAAGAAGAUGAAGAAGAAAUGGGUCAUGCAGAGACAUAUGCAGAAUACAUGCCAAUAAAAUUAAAAAUUGGUCUGCGCCAUCCUGAUCCAGUGGUAGAAACCAGCUCACUCUCCAGUGUUACCCCUCCUGAAGUUUGGUAUAAAUCUUCAAUCCCUGAAGAGAGUAUUGAUAGUGGCUGGCUGUCAGCAUUGCAACUGGAAGCUAUCACAUACGCAGCCCAGCAACAUGAAACAUUCCUCCCUAACGGAGACAGAGCUGGCUUUUUGAUAGGUGAUGGUGCUGGUGUAGGGAAAGGAAGGACCAUAGCUGGAAUAAUCUAUGAAAACUACCUCUUGGGUAGAAAAAGGGCAGUAUGGUUUAGUGUCUCCAAUGAUCUGAAAUACGAUGCAGAAAGAGAUUUGAGAGAUAUUGGAGCAAAAAACAUUUUGGUUCAUUCUUUAAACAAGUUCAAGUAUGGAAAGAUUUCUUCCAAACAUAAUGGGAGUGUGAAGAAAGGCGUCAUAUUUGCAACCUACUCUUCUCUUAUUGGGGAAAGUCAAUCUGGUGGUAAAUAUAAAACCAGGCUCAAGCAGUUGCUUCAUUGGUGCGGAGAUGAGUUUGAUGGAGUUAUAGUGUUUGAUGAAUGCCACAAGGCAAAAAACCUGUGUCCUGUUGGCUCUUCAAAACCCACAAAGACUGGCUUGGCUGUUUUGGAGCUGCAGAACAAACUUCCAAAGGCCAGAGUUAUUUAUGCCAGUGCCACAGGUGCAUCUGAGCCACGCAAUAUGGCAUAUAUGAACCGUCUUGGGAUUUGGGGUGAAGGAACACCAUUCAGGGAGUUCAGUGACUUCAUUCAGGCUGUGGAAAGAAGAGGUGUGGGUGCUAUGGAAAUUGUUGCUAUGGAUAUGAAGCUAAGAGGAAUGUACAUAGCAAGGCAGCUGAGCUUUUCAGGUGUGACCUUCAAGAUUGACGAAGUUCAGCUUUCUCAGCACUACGUUAAAAUGUAUAAUAAAUCUGUGAAAAUGUGGGUGAGCGCCAGGGAGAAAUUCCAGCAAGCAGCUGACCUCAUUGAUGCUGAACAGCGGAUGAAGAAGUCUAUGUGGGGCCAGUUUUGGUCAGCCCACCAGAGAUUUUUCAAAUACCUCUGCAUAGCAUCCAAAGUGAAAAGGGUGGUGCAGCUAGCGCGAGAAGAGAUAAAGAAUGGCAAAUGUGUAGUUAUUGGGCUGCAGUCCACAGGGGAAGCGAGAACCUUAGAAGCCUUAGAGGAAGGAGGUGGUGAACUGAAUGACUUUGUUUCCACAGCAAAGGGGGUGUUUCAGUCUCUCAUUGAGAAGCAUUUCCCAGCUCCUGACCGGAAGAAGCUGUUUAGCUUACUAGGAAUAGACUUGUCUGCUCAAAGUAAUCACAACUCACCCAGGGACAGUCCUUGCAAGGAGGACAAAGUAAAGAAACGCAAAGGUGAAGAAAUAACGAGAGAAGCCAAGAAAGCCCGUAAGACUGGUGGACUGGCUGGAAGCAGUUCUGACGAAAGCUACAGUGAGUCCGACGUCUCUGACAACGAAGAGAGUGAUAACGAGAGCUCCCGGUUCUUAAGCUCUGGGGACGAUGACGAUUUCAAUCCAUUUAGGGAUGAAUCUAGUGAGGAUGAUGAAGAUGACCCCUGGCUGAUUAGAAAAGAGCAUAAGAAAAAUAAAGAGAAGAAAAAGAAGAAAAGCAUUGAUCCAGACUCCAUUCAGAGUGCCUUAUUAGCAUCUGGUCUUGGCUCCAAGCGACCCAGUUCUCUCUCUUCCACAGUUGUUACCUCGUCUACAACUAAUGCAUCUGCUAACAGUAAUACAAAUAGCAGCUAUGUAACGAGUCAGGAUGCUGUUGAAAGAGCCCAGCAGAUGAAAAAAGAAUUGCUUGAUAGACUGGAAAAACUCUCAGAAGACCUUCCUCCUAAUACACUGGAUGAGCUUAUAGAUGAACUGGGUGGUCCCGAGAAUGUAGCGGAGAUGACAGGCCGCAAAGGUAGAGUUGUGAGCAAUGACGAUGGCAGCAUCUCUUACGAGUCGAGGUCUGAGCUUGAUGUGCCCGUUGAAAUCCUAAAUAUUACGGAGAAGCAGAGAUUCAUGGAUGGAGACAAGAAUAUUGCCAUAAUCUCAGAAGCAGCCAGCUCCGGCAUUUCGUUGCAAGCAGAUCGCCGGGCCAAAAACCAGAGGCGGAGGGUGCACAUGACUCUGGAGUUGCCGUGGAGUGCGGACAGGGCCAUUCAACAGUUUGGCCGUACUCACCGGUCCAACCAAGUUACUGCGCCAGAGUACGUCUUCCUAAUUUCCGAACUGGCAGGAGAACAAAGAUUUGCAUCUAUUGUUGCCAAACGACUGGAGAGCCUGGGAGCUCUCACUCAUGGUGACAGAAGAGCAACAGAAACACGAGACCUGAGCAGGUUCAACUUUGACAACAAAUAUGGCCGAAAUGCAUUGGAGAUAGUCAUGAAAUCCAUCGUGAACCUGGAUUCCCCGCUUGUGUCUCCCCCUGCUGACUACCCUGGAGAGUUCUUUAAAGAUGUUCGACAGGGAUUAAUAGGUGUGGGCCUAAUAAAUGUAGAAGACCGGUCUGGGAUUCUAACACUUGAUAAAGACUACAACAACAUAGGGAAAUUCCUAAACCGGAUUCUGGGUAUGGAAGUGCAUCAGCAGAAUGCCUUAUUCCAGUAUUUCUCAGACACGCUGAACGCAGUAAUACAGAAUGCUAAAAAGAAUGGAAGAUACGACAUGGGCAUUUUAGAUCUGGGUUCAGGAGAUGAGAAAGUGAGGAAGGCAGAUGCUAAAAAAUUUCUUACGCCAGGAUAUUCUACCUCGGGACAUGUAGAACUGUAUACUAUAAGUGUGGAGAGAGGGAUGUCUUGGGAAGAGGCAACCAAGAUUUGGGCUGAGCAGACGGGACCAGAAGAUGGAUUUUACUUAUCGCUUCAGAUACGGAAUAACAAGAAGACGGCGAUCCUGGUGAAAGAAGUCAAUCCCAAAAAGAAGCUUUUCCUAGUUCAUAGGCCAAAUACUGGGAAGCAACUCAAAUUGGAAACGUAUGCAGAAAUCAAGAAAAAAUAUAAAAAGGUUCCUUCUGAAGAUGCUUUGGCUCACUGGCUAGAGCAAUACACGUCAUCGGCAGACACUUGCACCCAUGCUUACUGGAGAGGCAACUGCAAGAAGGCAGGCCUUGGCCUGGUUUGUGAAGUAGGCUUGCGCUGUCGGACGUACUAUGUCCUGUGUGGGUCAGUCCUGAGUGUCUGGACAAAGGUGGAAGGAGUUCUAGCUUUAGUGAGCGGUACAAAUGUCAAAAUGCAGAUUGUCCGGCUAAGGACGGAGGAUGGACAGAGGAUUGUAGGCUUGAUCAUUCCCGCCAAUUGCGUGUCUCCCCUCGUGAACCUCCUCUCGACGUCAGACCAGUCACAACAGCUUGCAGUGCAACAGCAACAGAUAUGGCAGCAGCAUCACCCACAGAGCAUUACCAACUUCAAUAAUGCAUGAGAAAGAGAGUCUUUGGCUGUAAAAGCAUAUCAUUGCGUUUAAAAUAUAUGUAUAUAUUAUAUAUAUCAGGGACAGAUUCCAAAGAAAUAACUUUCAGUUCCAUCAUGCUCUCAGAACUGUGUGGAAGUGGAGACACCUGAAGGGUGGUCAAACUGAAAGCCAACCAUUGCUUUACAGCGGCCCGUGCAUCUCUUUUUUUAAUUCCGCCGUGCUCUCUUGUGCUUCCUGUUCUUCCAAUUUUUCUUUUCCUCCUUAACGACAACCACAACCUUGUGUUCAAAGAGGCUUGAAAAUUCCUUCACAAGCUGUCGAUUCACCUUGUCAUACAGUGCUCAGGGUUUAAUGCUGUACAUCGGCGCCAUGGAUGCAAAAGAGGUCCUCGGCUGCAUGUGUGUUGAGUUCAUAUAUAGACGGUAUAUAAUUGGUGAGGACAGGUCUCGGCUUAAAGGGUACAUUUAUUUAAAAACAAAUGGAAAAGCAGCAUGAAAAAUCUAGAAGUUGCAAACCACGCAUCAAAAGUUCAUUCCCCGUUUAUUUUGGCUGUGCAUGUUUUCAGAUCAGGCAUGAGCAGGAUCUCGCGCAAAAAGUCAGCUUGGAGAGAGUUGUGUGCGCGCACUAUCUCAGCGCAGCAUUGAGAAUGGCAUUUUUUUUUUAACAGUAGUGUCUGCCCAGCUAUUGCAUUUUCUGGCUUUCUCCUCAAGGUUAUAUAUUUGAAUCUGCAACAUGGUUUUUGUGUGUGUGAAAACAUCUUACAUUUUAAACAGUUUUUUUAAUGUAUUGAUGGUGUUCCUAAUGUGUGUGACAAGGAUGGCUUUUAAAAAGCCUGAUUCCUUUCCUUUUGCCCCCCCUUCUCUCAAUUGUUUCCUUUCUCCAGUGAGGUUUCUGGAAACUUAAGUGCAAAUUUACUUCCAUUUCACAUUAGUCUUGUUUUUAAGGUUGGUUUUCUUUUUGUUCUUUUGUUACUGAAUACCUUACUUGAGCUGUAAAUUAUACAUUGGGGGGGGCGGCAGCACGCAAGGGUUCCGAUGUAUGUGCUGUUUUUUUUUUUCCUGUUGCCCCGUAACUUGAAUACUGUUUAUGUUGUAAGACAUUGUAGAGUUUAUCCUGGAGCUGUUUAAAAUUGUAAAUGUACAAAAAUGUGAAUAGUCACUUAUCUAUAAUAUGGGUAAGUUUUGUUUUGCCUAUAAUAGUAGAUGUUUAUAAGAAAGUGAAGGACAAUGUUUGUCAUUUCUUCUUGCUUGCACAGGUUGCACUAUUGAAUAUUUGAGAUUGUAUAAACCUGUCCACAGAACUGCAAGAUACCAGAAUCUUGUAGGGAACAAAUUAAAAAAAAAAAACCCUAUUGUUCUAACAA